GACACUCGGUCGGACGCGCACACACGGCGCCACUGUUUGCCGACCUGAAAGGCGAGCAUUGUUGCAUGGUCGCAAACACACACCGUCGACACUUCAACCUUCACAACAGUAUGCAAAAUAUGCAGAUGCCGAGCCCACGCUGGCACGUGGAUUCGAGGCCGGCCGGGGUUAUAUAAACAAGUCGCCAGGCAGAUAACGGCCAGAUGGAUACGAUGAGCUGCGACGUCAGGAAUAUCGCUGCGUUUGGAUAUUAACGGGCCAAAAGUACAGCCAAGACGCCAUUCGCCGCAUGGACCGGCGGAUAGGAAGCAAGAUCGGCUUGACUAUUUGAAGGGAUCCGUUUGAAGUUUUGCUUUUCUUGCGACUCAGCAUUUUACAAGUGAGCUCGACCAUUUUGCAGGUUGUGGUCAGUUUGAGCUCGUGGUAUUUGCGGCCGUCAUCCGUCUGAGGUUUAUUCCACCUGCUGUUUUACAAGACAAACUCGGAACGGUCUGCUCCAGAGAUUUCUGCUCUUCCGCCCCGAAUCGGAUUUGCUUUAACCUUGCACUCUCCGCAAAUGAGCCGCGGCGAGACGCCGUGUCUCAAGAGACGUUAGCGCCUCAAAGCAACGGCGAGACCCUUGCAGACCUCCAUUGGAAAAACGGGGCUCGCGGCCCAGAUUCUUCCGGCCUCCGCCAGAAUGUUGCACACUGCCAUCUCAGCACAGGCUGAAGUGCCAUUUCGAGUCAAGAGUUGCGUUUGAUGGCAUAAAAAAAAAAAAACCACACAACAAAAUUCAGUUGGCGCAGCUGUGUCACUUUGACAUUGUUUGGACGCGUACUAAGCAUCAAAGCGCCUCGCUCACCUCCUGGCGAGCUACUUUUUGUGAGCGCGGCAGUGCUGCUGAGUGUAAAUUCGUGAAUUUGUUGCUUUUUUUGUGCGUCGACUUGUUAGUCUACAGCAGAGCGGGCAGGCUCAGAGAGGAGCCAUUGAUUCCAAAGUGCGCAUCAAAUCACAAUGACGCCCGUUCGGAGCUCUGUCUUCUGCCGCCGCCUGGCCCCCCUGUCGCUGGCCCUGGUCCUGGUCCCGCUCCUUCUGGGCUUAGCUCCAUGUUGCCAGGCGGUGCAGGCGGAGAACGUCACGGUCCUAGAGGGCGGGACAGCCCAGAUUUCCUGCCGCCUCCAGAACUACGACGGAUCCAUUGUGGUCAUCCAGAACCCGCGUCGGCAGACGCUCUUCUUCAACGGCACGCGGGCCCUGAAGGACGACCGCUUUCAGAUGGUGUUGUUCACGCCACGGCUGGUGCGCAUCACACUGACCAACGUGAGCGUCUCGGACGAGGGCGGCUACUUCUGCCAGCUCUACACGGACGCCACGCACCACCAGGUGGCCACUCUGGCCGUCCUGGUGCCCCCGGAGACGCCGGCAGUGGAGGUCAAGCAGGAGGCGGUGGAGGGCGGCGAGGUGGAGCUCAGCUGCGUGUCGGCGCGCAGCAAGCCCGCCGCCGCCCUGCGCUGGAUGCGCAACGGCCGCGAGAUUCCAGGCGUGGUCUCACAGCAGGACAACGGCAAGACGGUCAGCGUGUCCAGCACCAUCCGCAUCCCGGUGGAGAGGAAGGACAACGGGGCGGCUUUGAGCUGCGAGGCGCUCCACCCGGCGCUGACCAACCAAAAGAGAAUCCGACAUUACCGCCUGGAUGUCUUCUUCGCGCCGACCGUGAGGAUCGUCCCUCCCACCGGCAUCUUGCGAGAGGGCGACUCGCUGAGCCUGUCCUGCUCGGUGGUCGCCAACCCUCUGCCGAGGGCCAUCCAGUGGUCCAAGAUCAACGACACCUUGCCCGAGCGGGCUGAGAUCUCCGGGCCCACCUUUCAGAUUUCCCGCCUGAGCCAGUCGCACAACGGCACGUACUUGUGUCAGGCGCAGAACAACUACGGGCGAGCCGCCGAUCACUACACCCUGCUGGUCUACGAUAAUGUCUCACCCCCAAGCAUGGCCCUUCUCACUCCCGUUUCCCAUCCCAACAUCACCCCACCCCUCCCGCUGGACCCCAUAGAUCCCGGCGCAGUGGUGGAGACUCACAGCGCGGUUCCCUACGCGGUGAUCGGCGGCGUGUUGGCCCUGCUGGUUUUCACCGUCAUCUGCGUGCUCAUCGUGACCAUCUGGUGCUCCGUGCGCCAGAAAGGUGCUGUUUUUCCACGGCGAGAAAAGACAACAAGAGACGGAGCAUGUGAUGAAAUCGAUGGGGAAGGCUGAAGAUAGACGCUGAAGCUACUUGAAUGCGGCGAGUAAACAAAGCAGAUGGAAGCGAGGUGCCGCUAAUGAAUCAUAAAGAUAAGAAAAGAAGAUUUGGAGGAAAAAAAACUGAGAAUACAUCUGAGCUAUUUAAGUUGUGGUGCGCGCGAUCGAUAGCCGAUAGUGUCAAGAAGCACUUGACGCAUCUGCCUCACGCGGGGCUACAUUUCAAAGCGGCCUGAGGUCGCUGGGGCGACGGAUCAAUGGCGAGCCUUCUGUCAUAAGGAUUGUGACGCGUCAAUCACGGUAACGGACGCCGGCGGCAUGACUUGGCAUGGCCGAGACGGGCGUUUCUGCACUUCAUGAUGUUUUUUUGAAAGGAGCCAAUCCUUUCAGGACUGAUUGGUGUGAUGGAUGAUUCAUCAAAAGACAAAUAUUGGUCAUUCAUUUGUCUUCAGACCUCAAAUGUCUGUUGUGUUUCCAUUUGGCAACUUUAAAAAUCUCCAUCACUACUACUGCCAAAAGUCAAGAACAGAUGACAAAGUUGCCAAAAUGAUCGGUCUACACCGGCAGCCGCUAAUCCCUCAGGAUAAUCUCUUGGACCUCAUAUAACCAGCACGGUGGUCAAAAGGUUGAUUGAGUUGUUGCUUGAAGAAGAUCCAAGUGAAGAAGAGUAUUUAGCUAUAGGGUGACCAGAUUCGGGGGGUUUUGAGGAAGCGGGGGGUAGGGGGGGCUGUUUUACACGUUAGGCACUUUUCAUACAGCACUCAGCUUCAUGUGCAUGCAUGGCGAAAGCAUGCAAAUGAUUUUGUUUUAAAUUCCUCCGUAAAGGUGCAUUUUUGUUUCGGCAUUGUCUCCAUUCGCUGGCAAGGACUCGCUUAUUUCCUCCUCAUGCACGCACACACCCACACGCACAAACACACACAUGUACACACGAGUGGCUAGAUUUGAGGAGAAAGGUGACUGAAAUGGAACUGAGUGGCAAUUCUAUUGACCAUGUGCCGUACAUGCGAGGCAGUCGAACAAAAUCCCGGACAGUUUUUUAAAUGCGUGCGUCAUUCUCGUGGAUUCUGACAAAAAGGCCUUUCGCGCGCCUUUGGAGAUAGUCGUCAAGCUUUUAGACAAGAUUGACCCGCGGCGAGGUGAGCGGCGUGGACAUCGACGAGUCAAAUCGAUAGACGUGAACGAGCCUGACGGGAAGCAAAGUUUAUGGCAUCCGGAGAACAGGUCGCAAUGCGGACGAUAACGACAACAUUAAGUCAAUGAAUGUCUCUUUCGCUCCCGAUUGCGCAGACGUUUACGACCGUCGUAUUUCAUCUGUACGGGUUGCGCUAAACACGGCCGAUGUCUUGAUGUGUUUGCUUUCCAGUCGGACGCGGUGCAUGGAAAGCGCAGGCUGUCUGAUUACGGCGCCGGGGCCACGCUUGGCUGUUUAGUGUCAUCGACGCGAGUGUGUUGAAGCAUAAUCAGGAAGCCGAGCGCUUUCAAAGCAGACGGAACAAUUGACGGAGAAACCGGAACAAUCCAUACUUUGAAACUCUUUCACCCGCGCAGAGGUAGCUCCAAACAGUCGACUCGGGGGAUCGGGGAGAAAGUGCACUUUAAGCGAGAGCUACCGCCAACGAUCAACCACCAAAUAUCAAGUAUGACAAGACAUUUUCCACAAAUCUUAUUACUUGUAAAAGCAGCCAAAAGCACUUUCUGUAGCGUCCUUAUUUGGGUCAAAUGUGAGCUGGAGGCGACUGUUGGCCUUCUUCUAAAGUUUAGAAUCUAAACGGAAGAGGUAAAAGAACUUUUGCCAGAAGUACAAUCAAGAUUUUGCCGUGCUGGUAUUUAUUCAUUUUGCAUAUUAAUAGUUACAAUUAGUAAGUGUAACAAAUGUUUAGAAGGGUUGAAGGAAUGGGGUCGAAAUACAAAAAGUCCUGCCUAGCUACAAAAACAGAUAUGCUCAAACCUCAUUGAAUAAAGUACAUGAGCAGACAAGUAUAUUCACAUAAUAAAGCAAUUAAAGAAAUAUUUUAAGCAUAUAAUUAUACCUACACACCAAAUCAAUAAAGAAGACAUAACUAGACUUUUUUGAUAGGUGGUAAUGACAAAAGUUUUUAUAACUUUAUGAUCUGAUAUAUAUUUCUGAGCACUUUGAAAUUACAAAUGUUUUUUUAUAUAUUACCUGAAUAGCUUAAUGACCCUUAAGGAACUGUUUAAUGCAUGCCUGAUGAUUUUCUAAAUCACGGACAUUGCCAAAGUCGUCUAAAAUUGUUCAGUACUUGAUUGUAUCUUAUGUUUUGACUAAUGCUAGACGGCAGUUUUCGAUUACUACUGAACGUUCUGGACAGAGGGAAAUAUUUUGCCUAACAAAGAAAAGAUAUGGUUGGAAGCAUGAGUACUAAGAAUAUGAUGACGUAAGCAAGUACCGUAAUUUUCGGACAAUAAGUCGCACCAGCCAUAAAAUGCCCAAAAAAGUGAAAAAAACAUAUAUAUGUAUAUAAAUCGCUGAGUAUAAGUCGCCCCCCCACCCAAACUAUGAAAAAAAACACGACUUAUAGUCCGAAAAUUACGGUACAUGGAGUAUCAAAAGAACAAACAAACAAAAACAUGGUAAGUGGUGAGUACAAACUUUGCAUAGUCAGGGAACAUUAAUAAAUUGAUGAUGUCACAGCCAAAAGCUCACAUAAUUCCGUACAGAAUGACAAAAUUGAAAGAAUGACGAAUGGAUGAGGUGCGACAGUGUAUGUGCAAGAAUGGAGCAGAAUGUUUACAGGAAGGUCACUUGGAGAUAAAACCAGCAGGUGCCAGAGGGAGACAGCCAAGAACCCGGCCAAAGAUGAUCAGACAACAGCCCCCACACACACCAAAUCGCCCAUAAUCAGCACCCACCCCCACGGAACCAGCUCUCACCGAACCAGCACCCACUCCCAUGGAAUCAAAAUCUCCUGCGAACUUGCCCCACCCCAAAGACUCAUCACCCAUCAAACUCGGCCCACACCGGCAUGUGCAACUGAAUAUAAGCUGACCAAAGAACCUUGAACGUUGCCUUUUCGGAAUGGAGACUUUCUGCUCUUGAAAGGCCCAGCGCUGUAUUGUACUUUCCUGAAAACAGAGGUUUCUUAACAAGAAUUGUGAUUGAACUCAACCAACCUGUGUAAGUCUAAUUUCCGCUUCAGUGUCUUUGCAUUUUCCUAAAUCUGAAGAAAUUAAACGAGCACGCAGUGAGUAAAUUGGAUAACAGGUGAUUGGCAAUGGCUUUUGCCGUGAGGCGCAGAUAGCGGCGCUCCCUAAAUUGUGGACAAAAUCCAACAGGGUGAAAAACAUGCUGUAAAUAAAUAAAUCACAUAAAAAUU